GAAAGCUCACAGGAUUUAGGCUAGAUGCGCCAUUUUGCUGCGUCCACAGCCAUCCGGCAAGAUGGUCCCCUUGCUUUGUCUUCCCUGACCGGAGUUGUUUCUGUAUUCUGAGGCUAUACUUGUUUCCCCGCCAUCGAAAAUCCGCAAAUUGGAUAGAACAGGGUAACCUGUAACAAAAACUAAACGUGUCUCUGUCCGUCAAGAAAUGACGACGAUGAAAAGCAGUGAAGUGUAUGAACUACACAGCAGACUGGAUUCUCUACUCAGAGUGACGGCUGACUCAUCGUGAACAGGUCCAGUGCAGGUUGAAUUCACAUUGGCAGGUCACCUGCUUUAUAUACGUCCCGUGUAUGAAAGGUAAAAUGAGUCUGGCGUCUUCUGAAUCACACCUAGACCAAAUGUCAGAAAAAGCAGAGGAGCCUGGUAGCUCAACAGAAACUAUGAAGCCUUCCUCUUCUCGCAACAAGAGGAAGCCCGCCACUGUAGCUAAGCACACUGAACUGAAUGAAUCGGAUGCCUCAGUCGAGAGUGAAAAUGAAGGGGCCACUUCUGACAACCCGUCAGACAAUAACACAGGCAGUGUAUCUAAAGGCACUUUAGUGAUGAGGCCAUCUGGGAAUGAAAAUAAAGGUGCCAUGAAGCUCAGAGUGGAUUUUAAACAGAAACAUACAGAUGAUACCCUGCAGAAGAAGGUAAGCUGCACUGCCUGUGGAAAACAAGUAAACCAGUUUCAGCGGAACUCUGUUUAUGAACAUCCUGCACUCAAAGUACUUAUCUGCAAGUCAUGCUACAAGUAUUACACAAGUGAUGACAUCAAUAGAGACUCUGAUGGGAUGGAUGAGCAGUGCAGGUGGUGUGCUGAAGGGGGCAAGCUCAUUUGCUGCGACUACUGCAACAACGCCUUCUGCAAGAAGUGCAUCCUGCGCAACCUGGGCAGAAAAGAGCUGUCAGUAAUUACUGAUGAAAACUCAAAGUGGCACUGCUAUGUCUGCAGGUCAGAGCCCCUCCAGGAUCUGGUCUCCAAAUGCCACCGCAUCAUGGAAAAACAAGAACUCAAGCAACGAAAACCGGAAAAAAACGAGGAACGUGAAAGCAAGAGACACAAGAACAAAACGGUCAAAGAGCACAAAGCAGUUGUCAAUGGGAAAGAACAUACCGAAGGUUCAGGGACCAUGACGUUCUCUUACAAAAAACUGCAGGUACCCAAGGAACUUAUAAAGAAAGCAAAAAAGCUUGUUGAAACAACAACUGGUCUGAACAAUACAUUCAUCCAGUUCAUCCAGCAGGCAGCCGAGGAGCAGGGAGAUAAGUCUAUCAGGUACCGGCAUUUAAAAGCCUUCAAGGCUGUGCUUGCUGAUUUGAAAAAAGCCCACAGUGCUUUGGAGGAGGCUUUGGGACCUGAAUUUAAAAACAUGGAGUUGCAGAAUGGUAACGAAGUGCAACAUAUUGUGAGAAAGAGCAUAAAUAUCGUAGCCCCUGAGGAAAAUGACCACAUGGAUAAUGUGGCGGAUGCAGAUGAUGCCGACACAGAAGAGAACGUUGAUGCAGAACAGGAGGCUGAUAUAACCGAGGAGGCUGACGUAGAAGAGGAGGCUGACGUAGAAGAGGAGGCUGACGUAGAAGAGGAGGCUGACUUAGAAGAAGAGGCUGACGUAGAAGAAGAGGCUGACGUAGAAGAGGAGGCUGACGCAGCAGACGAGUCGGACAAGGAGCAGCUUAAUGAGCAGGAGGUGAACAAUGAUCGAAUGUCAGAUGAGACUGAAAUGAAAGACAACCAAACAAAAACUGAUUCACCCAAAAAGACAAUCAAAACGGAAGAAUGUGAUGAUGAGCUUGCGUCAGCUGGUGAAAUGUCCCUAGAUCAAGACAUUAUGUCUGUGCCUCCUUCGGUUCCUGAAGAACUUUUUCAGAUGGUGGAGAGUCUUGCGGAUUCCACCAUGCUUUCACAGACUGACACCAAUGUGGUUAAAGGUGCUAAUACAAAGUCAAAUGGAAACUCAGCAGCCUCUCACCCCACCCAGCCCAAGGUGAAGAACCUCAUAGUCAAACUGACUCCUGUACCAGUUGUGACGACACGUGGGGCCAGGUCCUCCAGGUCCAAAAACAAAGAAAAAGACGGGGAGAUGCAAAAAAAAUGUGAAGAAAAGUGUGAGAAGGGGAAAGACGAUGCUUCUGAUGCAGUAGAUGGGACAGACAGCCCACCACCAAGCCGUCGUUCUAGUAGACUGAAGACCACUCCCUUGAGAAAGCAGGCUGAGAAAAAGGGCAAGGAAGAAUCCUCGGACUCAGAGUCCGAGGAAGAUAAGGUCAAGGCCAAAUCUUCCAAGAAAUCCAGUCACGCCAAAAAAGAGGAUGGAGAGGAGGCCAAGGAUUUAGAGAAAAAGAUGGUGGAUUCUGACUCGGACGAAGUUCCUAACAUACUGCUGGAGAAAGCUGCAGCAGGCCACAGCACAGAUGAGGAACAGGGGACCACAAGUGCUAAAAAGUGUUUAUUCAAACUAAACAACACAUCCACAAAGGAUACAGACAAAGCGUCCAAACGCAAAAGGAAAUCUGAAAGCUCUGAUUCAGACUUGGAGAGCAAAAGUAAAAAGACGUCCAACAAAAAGAAGAAGAAGAAGAAACAGAAUGGCUCAGACUCCACCAACUCCGACUCUGACCAGGAGAAGGAGACAAAGAGUAAAGCGGCCACAGCGAAGAGGAGAUCUAGCCGUGUGAAGAAACAAGAUGAAGCAAAAGAGGAAGACAGAAACUCACCUGAGAGAAAGGCAACCAGGGGGAGAAGGUCUUAUGAAAAUAAGCGCAAGGGAAGGAGCCCCAAAGCCACCUCCAAGCUGCAGUCAUCCUCCAGUGAGGAUGAGGAGGAGCAGCCGGCUGAAGGUGACUCCGGAGAGGACAGCGACGAGCAAAAGAUCAAACCCAUUGUGGAUGAUAAUGUGGUCGGAGGAAGUGGACCUUUCCAUCAAUCCUCAGGAGAUGAAGAGGGCGAUAAAGAAAAAGUAUCUCAGGUUUGUGAAGAUGACGACGAUGAUGAUCCUGAAAACAGGAUUGCAAAAAAAAUGCUUCUCGCCCAAAUAAAAUCCAACUACUCUUCUGGAGCAGAGAGCUCCUCUGAUAAUGAAGGAGCAGAUAAGGACGAAAAGUCCUCCAAGAAAGUUAAAAAAGAGGAGGAUGAAGAUGAUGAUGAAGAAGAAGAGCAACAAGACAAGGAUUCAGAAGACUCUAGCUCUGAUGUUGAAGUGAAGAAACGCGGCAGACGCCACAAAUUGCUUCGUCAUAAACUCUCGCUGAGUGAGGGUGAAUCAGGAGAGGAGCAAGCUGCCAGUAAAGAGAAGAAGAACAAGAAGAAGAAAGUGGGCAGCGAUGACUCUUCAGACUCAGACUUUGAGAAGUCAGAAGAGUCCAGUGAAGAGUCGGGGAUAAGCGAGGAGCUUAGUGAAUCAGAGAACGAGGGAAAGCGCCGCAAGACCAGAUCUGCAAAGAAGAAGGACCAGGAGAAACCGAGAAGUUACAAGCAGAAGAAGAAGCGACGCAGGAUCAAAGUUCAGGAUUCCUCUUCCAGCAAUGAGAAGAGUGGAGAGGAUGAUGAUGACCCAGAUGGAGAAGAACGCAAACAACGCAAAAAGAUCCGCAAAAUCCUGAAGGACGACAAGCUGCGGACAGAGACGAGAGAUGCUCUAAAAGAAGAAGAGGAGAGGAGGAAACGUAUAGCUGAGAGAGAGGCACUCAGGCAGAAACUUCGAGAGACGAUUGUAGUGGAGGAGUCUUCCCAGAUGAACUGUCCCAUCACCACCAAGCUGGUGCUAGAUGAGGAUGAAGAGACCAAGGAGCCGCUGGUGCAGGUGCACAGGAACCUUGUCACAAAGCUCAAACCUCACCAGGUUGACGGGGUGCAGUUCAUGUGGGACUGUUGCUGUGAAUCUGUGAAGAAGAUCGAGAAGUCUCCUGGCUCCGGCUGCAUCCUUGCCCACUGUAUGGGUCUGGGGAAAACUCUGCAGGUGGUGACAUUACUUCACACUUUGCUGCUUUGUGAGAAGCUCAAUUUCUCCACAGCACUGGUGGUUUGUCCCCUGAACACUGUCCUUAAUUGGCUCAACGAGUUUGAGAAGUGGCAAGCAGGAAUGAAGGAUGACGAGAGUUUAGAGGUAUCUGAGCUGGCCACAGUUAAGAGGCCACAGGAUAGAGCAUACGCCCUCCAGCGAUGGCAUGAUAUGGGUGGAGUAAUCAUCAUCGGUUACGAAAUGUACCGAAACCUGACGCAGGGCAGGAACAUCAAGAGCAAGAAGCUCAAAGAGACCUUUCAGAAGACACUGGUAGAUCCAGGUCCAGACUUGGUGAUCUGUGAUGAAGGACACAUUCUAAAGAAUGAGGCGUCUGCUGUGUCCAAAGCGAUGAAUUCUAUCAGGACGAGGAGGAGGGUUGUGCUGACUGGAACACCUCUGCAAAACAACCUUGUUGAAUACCACUGCAUGGUGAACUUCAUCAAGGAGAACCUGCUGGGGUCAGUUAAGGAGUUCAGGAACCGCUUCAUUAACCCUAUUCAGAAUGGUCAGUGUGCCGACUCCACACUACAAGAUGUCCGGAUCAUGAAGAAAAGGGCUCACAUCCUCUAUGAGAUGCUGGCCGGCUGCGUCCAGAGGAAAGAUUACACGGCACUCACCAAGUUCCUGCCUCCUAAACAUGAGUAUGUGUUGUCGAUCAGAGUGACCCCUAUCCAGUGUAAACUAUACAGAUACUACUUGGAGCACUUCACAGGUGUGGGGAAUGCUUUGGAGGGGAGCCGUGGCCGCGCAGGGACCAAACUCUUCCAGGAUUUCCAGAUGCUCAGCAGAAUCUGGACCCAUCCCUGGUGCCUUCAGCUGGACUACAUCAGUAAAGAAAACAGGGGUUUCUUUGACGAGGACAGUAUGGAUGAGUUCAUCGCUUCAGAAACAGAAGAAUCCUCCAUGAGUAUGACCUCUGAGGAUGAGAGGACAAAAAAGAAAAAGAAGCAAGGGAAGGGAAAAAAGAAAGGAUCUGAUGACUCGGACAGUGAUGACGUGGAGGUCAUCAAGGAGUGGAACACCAGCUCUCGGGGCAGAAAUGGAGAGGGUCGAGUUAGACCAGAGCCUGUAGAAGAAGUUCGGCCCACUAGCUCAGCACCAGGGAGUCCAAAUCCUGACUGGCACAGGGACUUUGUCACUGAUGCUGACGCUGAGAUCCUGGAGCACUCUGGAAAGAUGAUGCUCCUCUUUGAGAUUUUGCGCAUGGCAGAGGAAGUAGAUGAAAAAGUGUUGGUGUUCAGUCAGUCUCUUAUCUCUCUGGACCUGAUCGAGGAUUUCCUGGAGCUGGCUUGCAGAGCUAAAGAUGAAGAAAAAGUCUCUCCAUACAAAGGUGAAGGCAAGUGGUUCAGGAACAUUGACUACUAUCGCCUGGAUGGCUCCACCAAUGCCACCACCAGGAAGAAGUGGGCUGAAGAGUUUAAUGACAUCAGUAAUCCAAGAGGUCGUUUGUUCCUCAUUUCAACGCGAGCUGGCUCUCUUGGCAUCAACUUGGUGGCAGCCAACAGGGUCAUCAUCUUUGAUGCCUCAUGGAACCCCUCCUAUGAUGUCCAGAGUAUCUUCAGAGUCUACCGUUUUGGCCAGUUGAGGACUGUCUAUGUGUACAGGUUCCUGGCCCAGGGUACAAUGGAGGAAAAGAUUUAUGACCGGCAGGUAACCAAACAGUCUCUGUCAUUCCGUGUGGUGGACCAGCAGCAGAUUGAGAGGCACUUCACAACAAACGAGCUGGCUGAGCUUUACACAUUUGACCCGGACAUGCUGGAUGGUCCCUCAGAGAAGAAGAGCAAGAAAGCCACGCCCUUGCUUCCUAAGGAUCCCUUCCUGGCAGAGAUGCUGCAGAACAAUAAGGACCAGAUUGUGUGUUACCAUGAGCACGACUCCCUGCUGGACCACAAGGAGGAGGAAGCCCUGAGUGAAGAGGAUCGCAAGGCUGCCUGGGCCGAGUAUGAAGCAGAGAAAAAGGGUGUGUCGAUGAGGACCAACUUCCAGUCUGCAUACCCCCAGAUGGAUAUGGGCUCCUCCAACUACUUCUCCUUUAACAUGGCAGCUUUGGCCUCCAUGACCAACCAGCAGCUGGAGGAGCUUAUAAACCAGGGACGACAUAAAGUCAUUGAAGCAACAAAUGCAUUGAAGACUCUAUCACGCGAGUCACUGGAAGAUACUAUCGCCAGAUUGUGGAAGGAGAAUCCAGCACUCACAGAGAAUCAGGUCCAGUCCAUGGCUCUGGGACGGCAGGCCACGGUGGAGCUGGAGGUCAAGCGCAGGGAAAUCGCGUACCGGGACGUUCUCACCAGGCAGCAGACGCUGAUGAUGUACGUGCAGAAGCUGAUCACCAACAGGAAGGUGCAGGAGCAGCAGAUGGCCAUGGCUAACCAGGCCAACUACCUGAACCAGCUGGCCAUGCAGAACGGCAUGAUGGGAGGUGCAGGGCUCAGCCAGAUGGACCUGCUGGGGCUUUACCAGCAGCUCCACGGCCUAAACUCCCAUCAAGGCAUGGACAAGAAUCCUGGGCCCUCCAAGGGCCUGUAGGUCAGAGGGACUCUUCCUCACCCCCCACUCAGCCAGCCGGCUCCCAGUGGGCCAGUCCAAGUGAGGCCAAGUUCUCUGUAACAAACACACUGUGACACCACCGCUCAGAGCUCAAAGCAAUCUGGUGCACCAAGCAGAGGGUGGAGUAGUUUUGAGACUAGGCUGCUGUCCACUGGGGCCUCAAGUGGGAUAGACUCAGUUCAGCAUUCUGUAGUUCACUAAGAGAAGGUGGAAUAUAAUGUAUAAAUGACUGUGUGAAAGGAGUCUAUUAGGAAACAGAAAAAAUGUAUAUACCGCCUUAAUGUUAUUCAAGUUCUAUAUCUUCAUUUUUCAUGUAUUUAAAGAAACUAAUUUCACCCCCAAUGCUUUUAAGCAUUGCAUUGUUUUUCUCUUGAAAGAUGGUUUCCUUAUUAUUUAAACUCAGUUUUUUAUACUAUUUCAAAUGCAUAACUAAACCUGAGUGGGACCAGUGUCAUGGUGACAGGACUCUAUUAUGUAAAGCUCUACAUGAUUAUUAGCCCCAGUAGAUUCCUUUACCAAUAUCUAGCAAAGAUGGCAGCUAAUGGAGCUGCCAAGUCCUGCUCUUUUUGGGAGAUAGAAGAAAUUGAUAAGUCGACAAAAACAGACAAAAAGAAUAUAGCCUUAUAUUCAUUUCCUAAAAAAGAAAAAAAAGAAAAAAGCUCUGUAAAGUUUUGAGAUUUGUUGAGAAUCUUUUCUAUUAUGCUUUUAAGUGUUUUUCAUUAGUUGUCGCUAAACAUGAUAAUGGAAUGCUUGUGUUGUUCAAAACUGCCUGCCGGUUCCUAUGAACUUUUUGUAACAUCAUCCUCAUUGUCACGUGUUGUCUAGCAUAGCACUGUGCGUCCUGUUCAUUGUUUAUGUUCCACUUGUGUUGAUCCCAAGCUUGGGUGAGUAACUGGGUCCCACAAAGCACAACCAGUUCAGCCAGAUAUCAUAGGGCCCAAAAUCUUUCCCUUUACUUUGUCAAAGUUUGAAGUAUGUGUCUCAUGGUGGAUUUGGUAGGAAAAGUAAAGAAGGAAAUCUUAUUCUAUAUCUGGCUGAUUUGUGUCCUCUGCUUUGUGAGAAAUGCCUUCUGGACACUAGUCUCACCAGGCAGGCCCCCAGACUAUACCUGUAUUCUACUUUGGCACAUUUUUGCUUCUAAAUGCUUGAACUGGUGUAGCUGUUAAUCAAGAGGAAUAUGUUCAUUUCUCACAAAGAGAUGUCUCUAGUUGACUCCUGUGUUUGCACAAGGUGUAUUUCAUAAAUGUAGAGAAACUUUUUUUGCCCUCCUCUAAGAAUGUUCUUAUGUUAGCAAAUACACCAACAUGAUUUGCCAUGAAUCUGAUCUGCUAUUAUCUUGAUAAGUAUUUAAUAUAACAUUUAAUAAAGUGACCAAAAGGAUGA